AUGGCGGGCCGGGCGCCCGGCGCCCCGCCGCGGCCGCUGCUGAAGUUCAGGGGCGGCGCCCCGUCGCUGGAGCGCGAGGGCCUCGAGCUGGUGGGGCGGCUGCGCGCGCCCCUGCGCGUGGCGGUCUUCGUGGGCGACGGGCGCAGCGGCAAGUCGCACCUGGCCUCGGAGGCGCUGCUGGGCUUAGACCACGCUGACCAGGCGGCGUUCGUGUCGGGAAGCUCGGCCAAGCCGGUGACGCAGGGCAUCGAUGUAGCCGCCGUCGACCACGACGGCGGCCACCUGCUGAUCCUCGACUGCGAGGGGGGCAACAACGCGCUGGGCGAGAUCCGCGCCCUGGUCAACGUCAUCGGCACGCUUCUGGGGACGCUGGUGGUGUUCGUGACCGGCGGCGCUGUGUCCGAGGGGGCGCUGCAGAACCUGGGGGUCAGCCUGGCGGCCAGAGAGCUGGUGCGGCGCGACGCGUCCUGCCCCCUCCACGAGCAGGGGCUGCUCGUGGUUGUCAACCUGACCAGGCUAGAGUACAGCAGCAGCCACCUCGAGGAGAUGCUGGCGGAGCGGCCCGGCGACGCUGGCCGGUCAGACCUGAGGCGGGCGAUAGGCGCCGCCUUCCCGCGCCGCGGGCUGCUGGCGGUGCCCGCGGCCGGCCAGGCCGGCUACGGCGAGGCGCUGGGCCAGCUGCGGCGGGGCGCCCUCGGCGGAGCGGCGCCGCUGGCCGUCGGCGGCGCGCCGGUCGACGGGCGCCAGGCGAGGGGAUUGCUGGAGAGAGCCUUCUCAGAGGUCACGUCCACCCAGCAGGUGGACCUUCCGUCGAUGCACCGCUACGUCCUCUUCCACGGGUUCCUGUCGCCCCUCGUGGAGAGGCUGGGCGGGGAGUUCAGGAGCUCCCUGCCGGAGCUGGCCGGCUACCAGGCGCAGCUCGAGCUGCGGGACCCGUCAGGCCCCGCCCUCGAGGCCUUCGACCGGGAAUGCCGAGGUCUGACCCACAAGCAGGCCGUGGCCGAGGCGAGGGCACAGCUCGCGGGGCGCCUGACAGAGCUGUGGGCCUCGGUGCUGCUGCGGAACGAGGCCCUCGGCAUGGAGGUCUGCAGCGCCACCGUGGAGACCCGAGCGGUUCCCGUUCUCACUCGCGUGGAGCAGCUGGGCUGCGGUGCCUCUGCGGUCUCCGUCUCGGUGACGACCUCGAAGGUCCAGAGCCGCGUCCGCACGGUGCGCCGGCGCAGCCCGGAGCCGGAGUACAGCAGCUGGAAGGACACCGGGCAGGAGACGGAGCGCAUCGAGACCGGCUUGCCGAGGACCAUCGCCUCCAGCCAGGUGGUGUCCGACGCCCUGCCCGCGGACCUCCACGGGCACCUCCGCAAGAGGACCCGGCCCCUCGUGCGCUCGCAGGGGCUGUGCACCGGCGGGAUCGCCUGCAACGGCACGGAGCGAGGCCUCACAAGGUCGCACCGCCGCUUCUUCGUGCUGACCCGCAUGCACCUGCUCUGGUGGAAGACAAAGGCGAGCUUUGAGAGAGGGGAGCCCUCUGCCUCGUGCAUCAACCUGCUCGUCCACGAGGCCAGGCUGGAGUUUGACGAUGCCGGCCAGAGCUUCUCGGUGUACCCACGCCACGGCUUCUGGGCGCCGCCGCAUACGUUCGAAGGCGGCGCGGAGCGCGUGUUCCACUUCGACUGCAGGGGCUCGGAGCACAGUGCUGAUCGAUGGCAGCAGUUGCUGCAGGCGCACGUGGCCCACGCGCAGAGGGUGGCGGGCACCUUGGGCAAGCGGUGGAUCCAAGACAACGUCAGGGUUGAGCGCUUCUCCCUCGCGCCCGGCUGCGCGCCGCUGGACCCAAGCGCCGCGGAGUGA